GGUUUCACCCACCCUUGGACGCUUUCUCAGGAACUGAGAGCACGCCAUAGGACAAAAUAUUGACAUAAUUAUGUGUAUUUCUAGCUACAUGAAAUAUUAGGAUUUCCUAUUACCUUUCACUAUUGAAAGUUAGCAUUUACCCCAACAUCAUAGAACCACGCGAGACUGUGCAUAGGUUAUUGGUUUAUCAUCACCAUUUGUUUCGGCUGAUCCAAGCACUAACGUUAGCCACAACUGCCUGGAUAAAAUAAGGCACUAGACACCCGACACAUCCAUCACUUUCUCUGCGGGCUCUAAACGCACUGUGGCUAGGCUGAAUUCUACGGAGGAGUCCCACUCCCCGGUCCCCCCCUCUACCUCUACCUCCCCCCUCUGCUGUCCCCUCUUCUCUACCUUCAUGAUCAGACUGAGGGAAGAGGAGAGGCUGUUGCUCAGAUGAUCCCGCUCUGGGCUGCCGUAACCAAAUUUGUCCAGACAGGGAAGACAUAAGUAGUGUCUCUGGAGGGCCCUGCCCGGUGUCCCCUCGGCCGCUAGCCUGGCAGAGUGCUCCGUUCUCCCCUUUGAUCCCCCGGCCCGUGAGAUGCCCUCUCCCCCUGACGAUGGAGAGGAUCAAGGACCAUCCCUCAUGAACGGGCCAUCUGCGGGCUCCCACCAGAUCAGUGGGAGAAGGAAGGUCCGCACCAAGAAGAAGAAGGGGACCAUUACGGCCAACGUGGCUGGCACCAAAUAUGAAAUCGUUCGGAUAGCGAUCAAUGAAAUGGCCUUCCUGAAAACCCGAGAUGAGGACGAGACAGCCAACCUCAUCUGGAGCGACUCGGCUGUGCAGCACGAGAAAAUCGCUGAUCUCAGGAACUACCAGAGAAUUAACCAUUUCCCUGGGAUGGGGGAGAUUUGCCGGAAAGACUGUUUGGCAAGGAAUAUGUCCAAAAUGAUCAAGAGCCAGCCUCAGGAGUACAGCUUUAUUCCCAAAACGUGGAUCUUCCCCGCCGAGUACACCCAGUUUCAGAACUACGUGAAGGAGCUGCGGCGGAAACGCAAGCAGAAGACGUUUAUCGUCAAGCCUGCCAACGGAGCCAUGGGUCACGGGAUCUCCUUGAUACGAAACUGUGAGAAGCUCCCGGCUCAAGCUCAAGACCACUUCAUAGUGCAGGAGUACCUAGACAAACCGUUCUUAAUGGAGGGCUACAAGUUUGACCUCAGGAUCUACAUCCUUGUAACGUCCUGUGACCCUCUACGCAUCUUCCUCUACAAUGACGGCCUCGUCAGGAUGGGCACAGAGAAAUACCACACGCCCAACGAGGCCAACCUGAGCCAGCUGUACAUGCAUCUAACAAACUACUCCGUCAACAAACACAACGAGAACUUCGAGAGGGACGAGACGGCAGACAAAGGCAGCAAGAGGUCCAUUGGUUGGUUCACUGAGUUCCUGCGCAUGAAUGAUUACGACGUGGCCAAGUUCUGGGGCGAUGUUUCCGAGCUGGUGGUGAAGACUCUGAUAGUGGCUGAGCCCCACGUCCUCCAUGCCUAUCGCAUGUGUCGCCCGGGACAGCCACCAGGGAGCGACAGUGUCUGCUUUGAGGUGCUGGGCUUUGACAUCAUCCUGGACCGCAAGCUCAAACCCUGGCUUCUGGAGAUCAAUCGAGCGCCGAGCUUCGGGACCGAUCAGAAGAUUGAUUACGACGUGAAGAAAGGGGUCUUGCUCAACGCACUGAAACUUCUCAACAUCAGAGCGAGCGACAAGAAGCGUAACCUGGCCCAGCAGAAGGCGGAGGCCCAGAGACGGCUCUACGGCCAGGGCUCCAUGAAGAAGCUCUCGGCCGCCUCCUCCGAGGCAGAAAAACAGCGCCACACGCUGGAGCGGAGGAAAGAAGAACUGAAAGAGCAAUUGACUCAGGUCCGCAAGCAGAUCUCCCGGGAGGAGCAUGAAAAGAGACAUCUGGGGAACUACAGACGUAUUUACCCCCCAGAUGACAAGCUCCUCCUGGAGAAGUAUGAAAGCCUUCUCUCAGCUGCCUUUCAGACCUUCCUCGCCGGCCGAGCGGCCUCACUUCAAAAGGAAAUGAAUAAUCCUCUGAAACGAAUGAAGGAGGAGGACAUCUUGGACCUGCUGGAGCAGUGUGAGCUGAACGACGAGAAGCUGCUGGGGAAAUCGUCACGGCAGAGAGGACCCAAGCCCCUGUCCUCCAUGCCUGAGAGCGCCCAGACGCCGUGCGGCAGGAGACAAAGAGAGUACGGAGGCGACGGAGGAGACGCCAGUGGCAGCAGCGUCAACAACAGCAGCUCCGAGGAGGGCCCUGAAGAGGAGGAUGACAGGGAGGAUGAGAGGGAAGGAGGGAAGACAAGGGAGAAAAAGAGUGUCUCUUACGACCUGGGAGAGAACAAGUAUAAGUCAUCGUCGGAGCGCUCAGGACGGGUUCACUGGAAACCUCUGAUGAAGCCGGUCAAGGCCGGCCUCUCUGCCUCCUCCUCCCCGACCCUCUCUGGGCCAAUCAGACGCUCCAUCUCCUGCCCGCGUUCUAUAUCCUCCCUGGCCGCCCAGUCACCCACCAAUGAGACACGAGCCUCGCUGGCCAGGCCCUCCGUUCCUGCAGCGACGGCCCUCGUUAGGCCAAGCUCCGCUUCUCUGCGCUCUCAUUCGCUCAGCCGCAGCGGCUCCACCCACAGGGUGCCGCACAGUAGUAGUCUAGGUACCAUCCACGCUAGCAUGGGUGAUCCCGUGCUGAUCCUGAGGAGUAAAGACCAGGAGACAGAGCUGACAAGACAGAGCCUGGCCGCUCUCAGCUCCAUGAGGAUCCGCUUCCCGGGGAAGACUGAGGAGGAGGCCGAGGCCGUUCUGGAUGAGAUACUAGACAACUGGAAGUACCACAAACCCAAAGUGGCCUCUUACUGGCUGGUAAAGUUGGAUUCCACCAAACAAAGGAAGGUUCUGGACAUCGUCCGUACCAACGUACGCUCAGUGCUGCAGCGACUUUGGAGGGAGCCCGACGUGGACAGUUUACAUUUGUAUCGCCUUUUCAACCGCGUCUUUAACCGACUGCUCUGGAGCCACGGACAGGGCCUGUGGAACUUGUUCUCCAACACUGGCUCGUCGUGGGAGACCAUCUUCAGUAAGAGCAGCGAGGUGGUGUCGCAGCAGGAGCUCCAGUGUUGCCAGAGGCUUGUGCAGCUGUGCAGGGACUGCCUCCUCGUUGUCUACAAAUUUGUCUCCGAGUCCCGGGGAUCGCUCACCGGCCUCAGCCCCGAAUGGGACGACACUAGGUAUCUGCUGCCAGUGACCUCCCAGUUCAUCAUGAAGUGGCCUUCAUCCAGCUUCGGCCAUGUCUCCUCGGCCAUGCCGCGCUCACGCAGUCUGUUCACCACCCGGAUGGGUCAGUUCUGACUGACCGCCCAGGCCCACCCUCAUGAGCUGUAACCCCCAGCCAAUCCCUCCUCCCCUCCACUAACCAGUUGAGAGGGCUGAACUGGUGGACCUUGGACCCCUCAGCGGCCCCACAAAGGCCAGAGCAUAUGGGUGAGAUUAGUGACACCCUUGCUCAGCCCAGAACACUCCAAUGUUCCAACAGGACUCUUGAUCUGAGCUCCACUUAGUGUCAGACAAUGGGUCAUUCUCAUGUGCCCCGACCCAGUCUUUCUCUGUCUCUCUCGAUCUCGCUUUAUCUCUCUUUCUUUCUCUCUCUCUCUCUCUCUCUCUCAUUGUACCUGACAUUGCUGUAGUAUAUCCGCUCACUGUACAGUUACAAGUCAAAGUACUGUAAAGGAAACAGAACAAGGUUUCUUACAUUUAUUUUGUCAAAUGUUCCAUGAAUGCAGUGAAUGCUGACGCAGUGUGCAGAUGGAAUGAGAUUAACAGGUUAUAUCCCUUUGUUGAGAAAAAAAAAUAAGCUUUUUUUUGCUGGCUAUGAAAAUUGCUAAAUGUAUUUUGGUGCUGUUUGUAUUUUUUUUUUUUUUUUUAACUUAUUUCAAUGUGAUGCUUUAGUUUACAUUGUUUUAACAGUCACUUUAUGCUCCUGUCAAUACAACCCAAAGUACAGUUGAGCGAGGAAAGAUUAAUUUAUUUUAAACAAUUGGGUCAAUUGCAACCAACAGGUAGAACGUCCAGCUGCAGGUUAGCGCUUGAUUUCUUAAAACGCUACUAACGGGAGAUUACAUGCACUUGCGUGUUAAAACAAACUAGCUUGCAACCAAAAAUACACCAGGAUAAACCAGCAGAUCAGUUGAAUUAAUCAAUAUUUAUUGUAAGAAUAUAUACCCAGUGAAUUGUAAGAAACUCGAGUAUAGUAUAGUUCAGUACAGGGACGUAGAGUAUAGUACAUUACAGUAGAGUACUUAACUGCAACUACACUAUUCUGCACUCUACUGAGAUAUACUCUACUCGAGUACAGUAAAGUAUAAUACAGUACAUUAUAGAAGUUUAUGUUUGGGCCACAUUAGAAUAUAAUUUGUAAUUUGACAUACCUUGAUUAGACUAUAACUCCCUUUUGAUAAGAAAUUACCAUACUGUGUUAAUGGAUUAAAUAUUGGAAUGAAAAGUAAGUAUACCAACACAAGCUUCACAUUAAUCAAAUGUAUAGCGUAAAUUGGCACAGUAGAUUAUCGCUGGUAAACGAGGAAUUACCUCAUUGCAGUUGUACGGAAUGAUUGUCAGAUAUUUAAAUCUGUGCUUAAUCUGCUCAAAUAUUAGGUUUAAUUUAUACCGAAGAUAAUACCCAGAGGGCUAAAUAGUCUUGAAAAUGUUUUGCAGCAACCAGGACUGAAAGUUAAUAUCGACAUCAGCUUUAGGGAGGGGUAAAAUGGCCGCCAAUAGUGCUUGCAAUUGAGAUCGGCAGUGUGGGUGAUUUUAGGGCAUAUUGAUGCUUUAACGAGAGACCACCUCAUUUUGAGACCGUGCUCAAUGUUGGUUGCAGUUGACCCUUAAAAGUUUAACUAUAGCUUAUAUUUUGGGUCUGUAUUGACAAAUGCAGCACAGUAUAGCCACAGAGUGUCUAGAAUGUUUAUUUCCAACUAGCGAGCCAAGCAUCCCUGCUACUUAGUGAAUGAGUUGACUUUGCAGCCUCACCGUAGGGAGCCAAAAUGGAUUCUCUGAUAUUGUCUUGUUGAAUAUGCACCUUGCAGUAUAUCACAAUGUGGCUGGGUACCAGGUCAACUACAUUGUUGACUACAUUGCAGUCAUCUGCCAUUUCUCACAACGUCUGUAUAGGUGUUUAUAGAAAUCUGACGCCCGACUUGGAAGUCGUUGACAUGGCACGCAUGCUUGCUGCGUGCAGCAAGACUGCAAUAUAGGUGAUUUGGAACAUGACCAAGGACUUACUCCACAUACUGCUUAUGAUGCUGUAAGCAGUAGUUCUUGCAUGCAUAGAUUAUAGUUCUACACCCAGACGUUGUCCAUAGACAGAACAACUGCAUUAUGGGAAAUACUUGAAUUUUUGUGUUGUUAAAUCUUUUGGUCUGCGCUCGCAUUAAAUACACAAAUUUA